UAAAAGCUUGUCGAUUGUAGCUACCUGUAUUUGACCGUCUUGUCAGGCUAACCAUGAGUAUGUGGAUAGGUUUCUUGGCGGUAUGUUUGUGUAUCGGAAUCUUACGUUACCUCUAUCCCUACUUUCUUAAGGAUGUCCAAUUCGUACUGAGAACUUCAAAAAUCGGAUAUCGCCUUGCGAAAUAUAGAGAGACUAACUACACGAUUCUAGAUCGUUUCUUAGAUUCCGUAAAAAGGCACCCGCACAAAUCUUUUAUUCAUUACAAUGACGUAACUUAUUCGUACUCGGAAACUGAUCAGAAGAGUAACAAAGUUGCAAGAGCCUUGUUAGAGCACAGUCCUUUGACAGAGGGGGAUACCGUUGCACUUUUCCUUGGGAAUGAACCAUUCUUUCUCUGGAUUUGGUUAGGGUUGGCAAAAAUAGGAUGUGCUGCGGCAUUCCUGAACUAUAACAUGAGGACAAAAUCAUUGCUGCAUUGCUUUUCAUGCAGUGGAGCCAAAGUGCUGAUCGCUGCUGAAGAGUUGAAAGAAACUGUUGAAGAGAUCCUCCCAACUCUGAUGGAGCAGAAUGUUUCUGUGUACAUCCUCACUGAUGAAUGUACAACAGCAGGCAUGCACAGCUUCAAAGACAAGAUCAGUCAAGCCUCGGGCGAGCCACUGCCCAUACGCGUCAGGUCCAGAGUCACACUGGGGAGUCCUGCUGUGUAUAUUUACACAUCUGGCACUACAGGGCUACCAAAAGCAGCCAUGAUAAAUUAUCAAAGGCUGUGGGCAAUGUCUUUCCUUCAGUCUAUUGCCGGAGUCUGUUCCACGGACGUAAUGUACAUUAAUCUUCCCCUCUAUCACACUGCUGGCUUCAUGGGUUUUACAGGAGCCAUAGAGAGGGGUAUCACGAUUGUACUACGAAGUAAAUUUUCAGCAUCUCAGUUCUGGGAGGACUGCAGAAAGUUUAAUGUUACUGUUAUCCAGUACAUAGGUGAAACCAUGCGCUACCUCUGCAACACUCCCGAGAAGUACAAUGAUAAAAACCACAAAGUAAAAAUUGCAAUAGGGAACGGUAUACGAGCAGAUGUUUGGAAAGAGUUUUUAAACCGAUUUGGAAACAUCAGUAUCAAGGAGCUGUAUGCCUCAACAGAGGGAAACAUGAGCUUCAUAAAUUAUGCUGGAAAGAUUGGUGCAGUUGGGAGAGUUAACUUUUUCCACAAGAGGGCCUUUCCUUAUGCCCUGAUUAAAUAUGACACAGAGGAAGGAGACCCUUUAAGAGACUCAAAAGGUUUCUGCAUGGAGGCUGCUAAAGGUGAGACUGGGCUCCUCAUAUCUCAGAUAACACAGAAGGCACCGUUCAUUGGCUACGCUCGAGAUUUACAGCAAACAGAGAGGAAGAGACUUCACAACGUGUUUCAGAAGAGUGACCUGUACUUCAACACCGGAGAUCUGCUGAGCACUGAUCAGGAGGGUUUCCUCUAUUUCCAAGAUCGGAUUGGAGACACUUUCAGAUGGAAAGGAGAGAAUGUGUCAACUAAUGAAGUGUCUGAUAUCCUUACAAUGGCCCAUUGUAUAGAAGAGGCCAAUGUUUAUGGGGUUCAAAUACCAGGUCAGGAGGGGAGGGCUGGAAUGGCUGCUAUAACAUUAAGGGAAGGAGUACAGUUUGAUGGUGCUAGUUUAUUCAAACAUGUCGAGGCAUAUUUACCUGCCUAUGCCAGACCACGAUUCUUAAGAAUUCAAAGUUCUUUGUCAGUGACUGGUACCUUUAAACAGAUGAAGGGGAAGUUGGUGGGUGAAGGAUUCAGCCCAGACAGAGUCACAGUCCCUCUGUUCUUCCUGGAUGAGAAACUCAGAAGUUACCAACCUCUCACUCCACAGAUUUUCCAUACAGUAGAAUCUGGAGGACUAAAACUGUGAUUCUUACAAGACAGAAUUUGCUCUGAAUUUAGACGACAAGAAGUUAAGACAAAGAUAAUAGGUUUUAGUUCACUGUUUAAGAUUGCCUAUAAUAAUAUAAUAUAUAAGAAUGCAAUUUAACUGUAUCCCUAAAUUGUUAUUGUUUAUUAAGUGUGUAUUGUGUAAAUUGUAUGAGUAGCUGUAAGCAAGUGGGACAUGCUUUGAUUGUAAAAGAGGCAAUCUUUUCCUCAAGGAAAUCUGAGCACAAAUGCUCACAUAAGACCUCAUUCUGUUAUCUAAAACGUCCACUUCAGGGUGUUUUUUUUCUACGGAUCAAGAACGCUUUUGUAAAUCUCACCCAAUUGGAGUAAGGAAAAGCGGUUGCGUGAUACACACGCCUACUUCACUGCGGUUGCCAUGUUCAUUGUUAAAAAAUAAUAAACGAGAUGUGAGUCAGUA